AUUUAAAGAAGGUGGUUGGUGUAACAGAAGAAGUAAAUUAGAGAAAUGUUUAAUGUUGUUUUUAAUAUUGAUACUCAUUGUUGCUAUUGGUUUAAUGGUAGCUUUAAUAAUACAAACAAAGGAAAAACCACCAAUGGCUGAAGUAUCACCCGGGAUGCAACAAAGUGGUCAAAAGAUGUGUACUACCACAGACUGUGUUCGAGUUGCUAGUAGAAUACAUGACGCUAUAGACUAUAAAGUUAAACCUUGUGAUAAUUUCUAUGAGUUUGCUUGUGGAACGUGGAAGAAGAAGAAUGUUAUACCUGAAGAUAAGUCCGCAUACAGCAGCUUUGAUUUAGUAGCUGACGAUGUUAAUGUUAUUCUGAAAA